CACCACUGAAGCAGACGGCAUCUUGCGUAACCGCUUCGGCUUGAGCCGUUUGGCCAUAGGUUUUUGAAUUCGGGACAGAAGCGCUCGUGAGCGGUGCCCUCGCACCCCCCCCAAGCUCCUCGCAUUGCCACUUGGCACCGGCACACCAUCACCGAGGCCAUGGCCAGGACGGAUGGACGCGUCGGCGUGGCGCUCAUUGGCUUGGGACGCGCGGGCCACUUCCACAUGGCCUCCAUCGCUGCCAUCCCCGACCAGGCUCAGCUGAGGUGGGUCGUCGACGUGGACGAGUCUCGGGCCGAGGGCAUCGCAAAACAGGAAAGCUGCAGAUGGGCGAGCUCCCUUGCUCCAGCCCUCGCGGACCCAGGCGUGCACGUCGUGAUCAUAGCAUCGACGACGGACACCCAUUUCCAGUUCAUCAUGCAGUCGCUGAGCGCCGACAAGUCGGUUUUGACCGAGAAGCCCAUCUCCCAUGAGCUGAAGGAGGUCGAGGAGGCCGUGCAGCUGGCAACCAGCAAGAGCUUGCCGCUGUAUUGCGGCUACCAGAGGCGCUGCGACAGGAACUUCCGGGUGCUCAAGAAGCACGUGGACGAUGGCUCAGUGGGCGAGCUCAAGGUGAUCAAAUGUUGCAGCCGAGACAACCCAGUGCCGCCCAUGGAGUACCUGCGCACCAGUGGAGGCAUCUUCCACGACAUGUUAAUCCAUGAUUUCGACAUGCUCAAUUGGCUGAGCGGGGGACAGGAGCCAGAGUCUGUAAUGUCCGUGGGACACGCAUACAAUCGCGAGAUCGAGAAGAUGGGCGACAUUGACACUGUCGCCGUGAUUCUAAAGUACCCGAGCGGACUCGUUGCCAUGGUGGACACUUGCCGCGACGCUACCUACGGUUACGACCAGCGCAUCGAGGCCUUCGGCAGCAAGGGCAUGUUGACGGCAAAGAACGAGCUCACCAGUACCGUGGAGUUGGCUACUUCGGAGGGCCAUCUCAUGCCGUGCGCACAGUGGAGCUUCCCCCAACGCUACAAGGAGGCAUACACUACCGAACUCAAAGAGUUCAUUACGAUGGUGCACGCUGGACGCAACAGCGACCAGCACCGCCUCGAGCAGGAAGCGAUGCUGCGCCACCCGAGCAUCGUGCGCAUUACGGUCGCCGCAGAGUUGUCGUGGAAGCUCGGCCGGUCGGUGGACUUAAGGGACUUGGAGGGCUUGCUCGCUGAAAAGGACGAGGGCGAACGGGGAGUUGACGCCGAGACUUGGAGCACUGGAGGCUCCAAUAGCGAUUUAGGCGAGUUGCCUCAUUAGGGAAGUGUCGCAGCAUGCAGUCCAGAGGGAAGUAGAUCGCGUGUCUUUGUUGAUCUUUCGGAGGGUGUAGGCGAUGUGCGGUCUUUUGGGAAACGGAGCAGGCGGCUCGGGGAGCUUGGCGCCGAUCUGCGUCCUGUCGCCGCCGUUGUGUAUUCAAUGUUGCACCUGGAGGCGAUCUGCGCUCGCCCACGAGUCUGCGUGCCAGGAUCAGCCAGAUCCCCACGCCGCGUCGUGACGCACAGGGCGCACGGCGCAUCCCAGCGGGCGACGGCACCAGCCCCGCAGCGGGCUGGUCGGUGUACAGAGGGCUCGCCCGCCGGGCGUUCGGCGCGGUGCUUCGGCGCAAUGGCCGCUGCACGUCGUGCCCACGUGCCCACAGCCUCCGCGUCCAACCCACACCCCAGUACUCCAGCAUCUUGAGAGUGGCAGUAGGAAGUCGAGCCGGCCCGCCGCCCGCCGCAGCCGCCCCGCCGCCCGCCCUGCCCGCCCUGCCCGCCUCUUCUUCCAACACCACACCCAGCAACGGAGGAUGACGAUUCAUAAAUGACUGGGGGUCGUGUUCACGCGGCGGCGCCCGGGAUGACGA